AUGGAGCCAAAACUAGUCAAGGCUCCCGGCCAGGACACGACCUUGGAGAUUCUCAAAAGACGUUACGGAAUCUGUAGCACUUACCAGACUGGGUUAAAUCCAACCGCGGCCGGAGGUGUAGAAGACUGCCGCCCCUUCCUCCUGUCUCCUAGUCGGUUUCCUCGGUCCCACUCUGCUCCCGAAGCUGACAAUCUCCCGUCCCCACCCCCCAUUCCUCGCCAGUUUGUUGGUUUCCAUAAUCAGGUCAAAUGUAAAAGCAGAAGAUCUCUUACUUACACAGAGCCAAUAAACAAUUCCACUGGGUUGCUGACAGAUGUAUUGGAUAACUAUUCACCAGAUCCCGUUAUGCCUCUGUCCACUGACUCAACAUUAAUAUUUUCUCAUGAUAUAGGAAUAAAUUCUACAAAACCCCUUUGCGACUUGUCCAAGAAGAAUGUGAAUUGUCUAGAUGAUGACCUGGAUUAUUUUUGUGAUUUGAGUGCACUGAAAGUGGAAGAAGAGUUAAUUGAAAAUGAUCAUAAUGUCAACAUAGAACAGUCAGUCAGACCACUCACAAAAGAAAUACUCCAAGAUGUUACUAUGCUAUGUAAUUCAUUGCCUUCUAGUGAGUAUUUCUGUGAUGAAUAUUGCUCAUCAUCGAAGUAUACUGACAAGUUAGAAUCAUUUAACAAGAUGUCUAACCAACACAAGCAAAGGUCAUUUCCACCUCAUGUUGAUCUGAUAUAUAAUGAGCUGUCUCUGAUACAUCAGAAACUGCAGCAAGAAACUGCAGGACAACAGGAGUUUGCUACAGAGCUUCAAAAACGAGCAUACUUUUUAAGUCAAAAAGAAGAGCUGUUAGUCCAACAUGAAGCUGCAUUGACUAAAAUUAGAAGUGUUGAAGAAGAAAUUCAUACAAAAUUUCAAAUUAUGAAGGAGAAGUUAUUUUUUUCUCCUAAGCAUCAUAUUGAAGAAAUUAAGCACUUAACAGAAGCUCUUAAAGAAAAGACUAAAGAAAAUAAGAGACUCAAGUCAUCUUUUGAUUCAUUGAAAGAAUUAAAUGAUAACCUGAAAAAACAGUUAAAUGAUGUAAGUAAACAAAACAAGAAACUGGAAGUUCAGGCUAAAAAAGUUCAAGGUCGUUUAGAGAAUUUACAGAGGAAGUGUGAUUUUGCAGCAGUACAGAAGUGUAAGGAAAUUUCCCCAUCCCUUCAUGAAACAAAAACUACAAAGCAAGAAAAAACAUCAACUUCAAGAAUUAAUAAGGUUAAUGGACGUGUCUAUGAGAUUUUAAUUGUUCUGAUGGAAUGGAUCUCAGAUCAUCAUCUUAGCAAACUGAUACCAGAAGUUGGGGAAGGAGAUGAUCAAAAGCAGUCGGGUCAAUUGUCUACUCAUAAAAACUAUAUUCAAGAGAAAUGUGUAAAGCUUUUGCCUGUGAUUGCUGAGCAGCUACAGUGGAUGCCAUUUGUUAACCCCAAUCUACAUUUGCCUGUAAUAAAAUUUAUUUAUUGGUCUAUAAGGCAAUUAGAUUAUGGAACACAGCAUUCAACUAUGACGGCAACAAUGAGGCGUCUAGGUGAAGAACUCUUAAAAGGAGUAACUAAAGGAAUUCAUGGUGAUUUUCCAGAACCUUUUGUGGCAACUAAGCCAAAGACUGCAGUUUUCUUUAAGAGCCCACAUUUGCCUUUGCGAUUUCUGUCAACUUUAAUUGUACUCAAAACAGUGACUCAAGUUGAUUACCUGGCUCAGGCGUUUGAUUCUCUUUGCUUGGACUUAAAGACAGAUGAAGGAAAAGACUUGUUUUUGAAGUAUCAAGCUGUGCCAGUUUUACUAAGUCAUCUAAAAAUAGCCAAUAAAGGUCUGUUCUCCAAUGUCAUGGAUAGCUUACUUCAAAUGACAGUGGAAUCUCGAUUCUUGCAGCCUUUCCUAGAAGCCUGUAGCAAUGUUGGUUUUUUUCGUACUUGUUCUGUGCUGCUUCGACAACCUAAACUUGAUCUGCAGAUAUUGGAAAAACUCAGCAUUAUACUACAGAAACUCUCUAAAAUCAAGAGUAAUAAGAAAUUGUUUGAACUCUUUACACUUCACCUGAUACUUCAAGAAAUCCAGAGGACAGCAAAUCCAGAACAUGUCUUCCUUUGUAUCAACCUUAAUUCAACUCUCUUCAAUUUGGGUUUAACUAAAUGCACCUCCCUUGCCACUUUUGGAAAUAGUUAGACAAGAUUAUUUUUAUUUUCUAUGCACAUUACUUAUUUGUAACAAUUGAAAGACUGACCAAAGUGACUAAAAUUCUGCUAAGUAAAAUUGUUAAGACAUGUUGUAGCAUAGCAUUCGUUAUCAUGAAGAGCAAGUAGACAGCAUUUCAAAUAAUUUUUAUUUUUUAAAUUAAGUAAAUAGAUAUUUUUUGGGGGACUAUUGGAAUACUUCUUUUCAAAAAGGGAUACAACCAACAAAAAAGGCAAAACUUUCAGAGUUCAUGCCACUUAUGAAGGCUACUUUUUGUACAAGUUUUUCAGGAAAAUUCUUUUAAAAUUAUGUGAUUCUUA